AUGAGUUAUUAUCGCUUUUUUGUUGGGGUGUUUCUUUUCUCUUUUUUAUUUUUUAAAGUGCAUAGUUGUCUUUAUGUAACAGAUGGCAGUUCUAUCAUUUUAGAAAACGUUGGAACGUCAUACAAACUCUUUUCCACGGAUAUGAAAUGGGGAACUGGGUCAGGAAACCAACUAGUGACCACAGUAACGACUAACAAGAACGAGGAAAACCUCCUGUGGACAGUUAACAUUUAUGAUGACGCGAAGAGCUUCACGGGAAACAAAAUAAACUGUGACGAAAUCAUCACGCUGAAGCAUGUCAAGUCGAACGGAUACUUGAUGGGCUCAUCCCACGAGUCCAUACUUUCUAACAAUUAUGAACUAAGUGUUCAUCAGAGCAAAGAGUUGGCGAAAUUUCAAGUCAUUUGUGAAAACAAAAAAAGCAAUCCCUACUGGUCAGUGGGCGAAAAUAUUUACCUAAAGAGCGUGGAUCACGGUGGAUAUGUCUCCACUAGCAAGAGCUAUGAAUUUAAUCAGUACAAUUGCCACAACUGCCCAAUUUUGUACCACCUGGAGGCAUGCAUUAUGAGGUACACUUACCCCCGCAGUGAGCAGAAGUGGAAGGCCAAAUCGGGCGUCAUCAUAAGCCAAUUUAACGACGAGCGCGGAGACAAAUUUAAUGUUGAUGAACUGUGA